AUGUAUAAUUUUUUCGAUUUCUCUUCCAACUUUCUCUCUCUUCCACCCCCGAAUCACGCACAUGACUCUUCACUUUUUCUCUCUUUACUACACACACUUUCACCAUUGCUAAGAAAGACUUAUCUAUCUAUCUAUCUAUCUAUCUAUCUCAGUCUGUUCACUAUCUAUCUAUCUCAGUCUCUUUACUAUGUAUCUCAGUCUCUUCACUAUCUAUCUAUCUAUCUUAGUGAUUUUCCUUCUCCUUCUGAAUCAUUCAAAGUCUUUUCAAGUAAAUUUAUCUCCCAAGACAUUCGUACACUCUUACUUAAAACCUCCACUGUAUCAUUCAAACUCUUAAACAACACAAUCUUCUAUACUUUUCUCAUAUGCACACACCCUAUCUAUCUAUUUUCCCUCUCUCUCUUCCAGGCCACAAUACCGCUUUUCCCUUUCGUCUGUUUCUCUCUCACUUUUCCAUUUUCUCCAGAUCUCCAUUCUUCUCUAUUUGACACCUACCCCCACGUACAAAAUAACGCGAUUUAUAUUAUAACCGUGAACCACAGCUCCAUUUAUCAAUGCUUCGUUCAUCUUCCCUACUGUCCUCAUUUCUUUCUAUCUCUCUCUGUCUACGCUUCUUUCUCCUCAACUUCCGGUAUCAUCACUGCCCCGGCUUCGAUCUGA